CUUAUCAAUCUCAUCUGGAUGACCAGAACAUGGUGCUUCUUUGAGAUCAUGCCAAAAACAUUUUUAUGAUAGGCUAAAUGACAAAAAAAAAAAAAAUUUAAUCCCUAACCCGAUAUAUAUGAUGCCAUUCUAAGAUAAUUUACUACUUUCGUGUAUUGAUGUACCAAAUAACUUCUAAAACUUAUUUUUCUUUCACAGGAUUCAAUACGGAAAAGCUUCAUUUCACUUUAGUGCAUCCUAGAAUUCAUAUUCUGCAAUUCGAAUUUCUAUAUUGGCGAGAGAAUGACAAAAUCCAAGAAAAAAUAAGCAAAAAGUUAUCCAAGCAAAAACAUCGAAUCUUCAACAUAUAUUUCACAAUUCGAAAAAAAAAAUUUGUCUGAUAUUAUAAAGAAUAGAACACAAUGCAGUGCCCAGAAGAACAGCCUUCAGAUUUAUCUGUUUAUUCUUUUGAUUCUGAAAACAUUAAAAAUUCCCCUAAUUCUUACCUUUUGAAAUCAGCAUUUGUAAAUUUACCAGAAAAUACUGAAUCAACAAUGAACUAUUUCAGUAAAGAUGCAUCUACAGAAAAUAUGUGUAGUUUUAGAAUUUCUGAGACACCUUUGUCCAAGAAUAUUCUUAGAGCAGAAUAUAUAAAUAGAGAACAUCCAUUUUCGGUUUCAUAUUAUUCAACUAGAAGCGAAGCUAAAACAUGUGCCAAAAACUCUAAUGUGGAACAGAAUCGUCGCAUAAAAGAUAGUGAACCUAAUUCAUUAUAUACAUCUCAAGAAUGCAAUAAAUAUAAUCAAAAUGUUUCAGAAAACUUAAAUAGAAUGCAAUUUCUUGAAUUUUUAGCCUUCAAAAAAGUUAGAAUCCAUCCUCUUUUCAUGUUUCCUAAAGAGAAAAUGGUAGAAAACUGGGAGCAGUAUCAACUAGUAGAGAAAGUAUGUGGUUCAAUUUACAAUAAACUUAAUACAGCGACAUCAUACAGUGAUAAAACAAUUGAUCGACCUGCUAAGCCUAAUUCUAAAGGAUUACAAGAUGCCUCAACUGCUAAUAAUAUUUGCAUUUCGAACAAAAUGCUAUCUCGUUUUUUAGUACUUUAUAGCAGAAACGCAGAAGUUUACGAAUGUUUGAUCUGUUCAUCAUUUACGUCCUAUUCUGUGGAAGAAAUGCUGUCACAUAUUACAAAGAAUCGAACCUCUGAAAGUGAUAAAGAAUGGAUGAUUGUAGAUGAUAACUCUAUGCUCUGUUCUUUAUGUCUUUAUAAGACAGGUGGAAUUCGCCGUUUUAACAUCCACUUGAACGGAAAGAUGCAUUUACAGUUACUUAGUCAUUAUAAUCACUUUAAAGAAGGGGAUAUUCAAAACGGAGGACACAUUGAAAAUGCUCGCACUAAACAUUUUUAUUGGGUCCAGUGUAACCCAUGCGGAUUUGUGUCAACGUCUUUGCAUGGGUUUAAAAUUCAUGCCAAAUCUAAUCGCCAUAUUUGUCACACUCAAUAUUAUUUGAAUCUACUACAAAAUAAGACCUUUGAAGCAGUUAAAUCUUGUCUCAGUCAAUACGAUGACCUUAAUGCCACCCAGUUAAAAUUAUUACAAAAAUCAUUUACGCUGCAAGAACUGAAAACUCGCUCUAAUUCAAUAAAACUAUGUGAUGAAAAAGCUAACUUUUCCAUCGGAGAUAAAUUGACGAUAGCUGCAGAUAAAUCAACCGAUGCAAGCUGCAAUAACUCAAACACAACUGAAAACAACAAUUCUGAUAACUACGUAAGUAAUUCUGAGACUGCAUUGUUGGAUCAAAUUAUGAUUGGUCGCAAAACUCAAGAAAAUCAAGUGCUAUUUACCUGUCCAUUUUGCAAUUUCAAUCGCACAUCAAAACUGGUGGUGAGGGCACACGUUCUGGAACAUUCUAAAUUGCUUUCAGAGUUAGAUUGCCCUCUCUGCUUUUUGGGCUUUAAUGAAAAAUACUCUUUAGAACGUCACGUGACGCAAUUCCAUCGGAAAAAUACCUCGGAGUUCACGGUGGCUAAUUCAAGCGAGAACAACACCAUUUCCAUUGAUACGACGAGCACAGAUAAAUCGAACGAUAGUCAAGAAAUGUCAGAAGUUCCAUUGGAGUUUAUCUUCCAUAAUGUGUCGAAAUUGAAAAAUUUCAUUGAGCAGCUAUCGUUUGAAAAAACGAUAUACGGAGUUGAAGAAUCGUCAAACGGUGCGAAUCCUAACACCCAACUCAACUCUCCAAUGCAAAGUGUAUCAAGCUUUCCUAAUAAACUAUUGAAAGGUGAUAGCUAUUCUGACAAUAUGAAUCCAAAUAGAAAGAAACAAAGAAAAAGUUAUCGUAACAUAACCAAAGAGAAGAAAACACGUAAUUGGAAUUCAAAUCAUGAAAAAGAUGAAGAUAUUUUCCCUCAAUGGAAUAACUAUCUUCCAAUGCUAUCUGAAUCACCAAAUUAUACUGUUAAUAACUCUGUAGUGCCACAUUUUGCGCCAAUUUCACCCGUGCCAAAUUGUUUGUUUCCUUGUUCAGAAUUGUCACUGUACUCUGCAGCAAUGAAUUCUCAAGCAACUGUUACUCAUUGUGGAACAGGAAUUGCAAGACAAUACUCUUGAAGUUAUUUUAUUUGCAAAAUAUAGUAGCAAAUGAUGCUUCGUAAUUGCCGCCCUUAAUAUCUAAAUUAAGAAUCUUUGUAUUCAAAAAUGAAGUCGGUGAAAUAUACACACUAGGCUUCGCAAAUUAAUAACUAAGCAAGGAAAAAAUCUUUUCAAUGUUUCUCGAAUCAGUACUGAGGAAAUCGGGACUUAGAAUAUUACAAUCAUUUUUAUUGCUAUGUGCUACUAAAAGUUGUCCUGAUAUCGCUUUUUUUUUAACUCCUCUGCUUCUUUCUUCAAUCACAUAGGAUUUGAUGCUUUUAAUCUGCAUUUUCCCUGAUGAUUCAUCACGUUUUUACAACGAUUUUGUAUUUUUCUCGCUCAUACAUAAAUUUUCUAUCCGAAAAGUAUUAUUUUUUAAUUUUGACAAAGAUUCCAAAAUUAUAUAUGAAGGGCAUUUAUCACGAAACACUAUCUAUAUAUAACUGAAUGUGAGGCUAGUGUACCAUAUACACCGAAGAGCCAUUACAUUAUGACCACCCUCCAUCUAUAACAAUUGGCUCGCCCAGGUUUUUUCAUGGGGCACAUUAGGACC